AUGGCCGCGAAGUCGGACGGGCGGCGGAAGAUGAAGAAGGGCGGCGAGGUGGCGUUCACGCCGCUGCAGAACUCCGAGCACUCGGGUUCCGUGCAGGCGCUGGCCCCGGGGCUGCCCUCCGGCGCCGGCCCGGGAGGCGGCAGCGACGACGACGAGGCGCCCGGGGGCGGGUGCUGCAGCGGCAGCGGCGGGGACGGCUCGGGCGGCGGCUCCCGCUGCUGCUGCUGCUGCUGCUGCGGCGGCAGAGGUGGAGACGGCGGUGGGGGUGGCGGCGGGGGCUCCCGGGGCUCGGGCGGGGGCUCGUCCUCCUUGUGCCUGCGGCUGGGCAGGGAGCAGCGGCGCUACUCGCUGUGGGACUGCCUCUGGAUCCUGGCCGCUCUGGCCGUGUACUUCGCGGACGUGGGCACUGACAUCUGGCUGGCGGUCGACUACUACCUGCGGGGCCAGCGGUGGUGGUUCGGGCUCACCCUCUUCUUCGUGCUGCUGGGGUCCCUCUCCGUGCAGGUCUUCAGCUUCCGCUGGUUCGCUCACGACUUCAGCACCGAGGACAGCGCCGCCACCGCCCCCGGGCACUGCCCUGCCGCCGAGAGCAAGCUGCUGGUGAGCAGCAGCUCGGCGGCCGCGGACAUCGACGCCGCCCGGCCCUGUACGCCGCAGCGGCAGGCGUCCACCGCCAGCAAGAGCAACGCCACUAACAGCAGUACCAACAGCAGCAGCAACGCCGCCGGCAGCGGAGCCGCCGGUCCCCGAGCCGGCAGCGGCAGGUCGGCGUCCUGCGCCUUCUGCAUCUGGCUCCUGCAGUCGCUCGUCCACAUCCUGCAGCUCGGGCAGGUUUGGAGGUAUUUCCACACAAUAUACUUGGGCAUCCGGAGUCGACAGAGUGGAGAGAAUGACAGAUGGCGGUUUUAUUGGAAAAUGGUGUAUGAGUAUGCAGAUGUGAGUAUGCUGCAUUUGCUAGCCACGUUUCUGGAAAGUGCACCACAGCUGGUCCUGCAACUCUGCAUUGUUGUACAGACUCGUACACUCCAGGCUCUCCAAGGUCUUACUGCUGCAGCAUCUCUUGUAUCCCUGGCUUGGGCUUUGGCUUCUUACCAAAAGGCCCUCCGUGACUCCCGUGAUGACAAGAAACCCAUCAGUUAUAUGGCUGUUAUAAUCCAGUUUUGCUGGCAUUUCUUCACAAUUGCAGCAAGGGUCAUUACUUUUGCUUUGUUUGCCUCGGUUUUCCAGCUGUACUUUGGGAUCUUCAUUGUGCUGCACUGGUGCAUCAUGACCUUCUGGAUCGUCCACUGCGAGACAGAGUUUUGCAUCACUAAAUGGGAGGAGAUAGUUUUCGACAUGGUUGUUGGGAUAAUCUAUAUAUUCAGCUGGUUCAAUGUCAAGGAAGGAAGGACACGCUGUAGGCUUUUCAUUUACUAUUUUGUGAUCCUUUUAGAAAACACCGCCUUGAGUGCUCUCUGGUAUCUGUACAAGGCCCCACCAAUCUCUGAUGCAUUUGCCAUACCAGCACUGUGUGUAGUGUUCAGCAGCUUUUUAACAGGCAUUGUUUUUAUGCUAAUGUACUAUGCCUUCUUUCACCCCAAUGGACCAAGGUUUGGGCAGUCGCCAAGCUGUGCUUGUGAGGACCCUGCCACUGCCUUCACCCUACCCUCAGAAGUGGCCACAAACACUCUGCGGUCCAUCUCCAACAACCGGAGUGUCACGAGUGAGCGGGAUCAGAAAUUCGCAGAGAGGGAUGGGUGUGUGCCUGUGUUUCAGGUGAGACCCACUGCACCUUCCACACCUUCAUCCCGCCCACCAAGGAUUGAGGAGUCUGUCAUUAAAAUCGAUCUGUUCAGGAACAGGUACCCAGCAUGGGAGAGACACGUGUUGGACAGGAGCCUGAGGAAGGCAAUCUUAGCAUUUGAAUGUUCCCCUGCUCCUCCACGGCUACAAUAUAAGGAUGAUGCCCUUAUCCAGGAGCGCUUGGAAUAUGAAACCACAUUGUAA